AAAAAUAGGGGAAAAAAAAGAUCGUGACCUUUUGCAAUUUCCAAUGGCGCACACGUGUGCAUCGAAAUCCGCAGCACUGAUUUAUUGGUCAGAGUCUGUUGCAAUUUGGGGGGAGGGAGAAAGAGGAAGGGGAGAGAUGGGUAGGAGGGAGGGAGGCGAUCGCCGGCGGAGGAUCGGAAAACCCCGGCGAGAGAUCGACGGAAAAGCGAUAGUUCCGGCAAUGCCUCUGUCGGAGGCUGAGGUCUGGCCGGAGUGGUUGCCGGCGGGUUGGACAAUUGAGCUGAAGAAGAGGAAGAGUAACUGUCUUAGUAAAGAUAAAGUGGAUCGGUAUUACGUUUGUCCAUUAUCUGGUAAAAGAUAUCGUUCGAGGCUGGAGGUGAUGCGUCUUCUCAAUAAUGAAAUGCAUGAUCGUCCUUCAAAGUCAUCAAAGGUGGUGCAUUAUCGUCCUUCAAUGUCGUCAAAGGCCACGCAUGAUCGUCCCUCAACAUCAUCAAAAGUGGUGAAGGGGGAGCGGCCGGAGUGGCUUCCAGAGGGUUGGUUGGUGGAGUUUAGGCAGAGAAGGGUAUCUAGGGUAGUAGAUAAGUAUUACAUAUGUGCGCUAUCUGGCAUAAGAUUGCGAUCAAGAGUGGAGGUUAUGCGUUUUCUUGCUAACCAGAUGCUUGAGCCUCCUGCAUCUGGAUCAUUUUCUUCUGAUGAACUUUCCCAGCAGCUAAUAGGAUAUCCUGCAUCUGGAUCCACACUUUUCGAUGAACACUACAAGCAGCUAGUAACCUAUCCUGCAUCUGGAUCAACACCUUCUGAUGAACACUACAAGCCGCUAGCAACCUAUCCUGCAUCUAGAUCAGCACCUUCUAAUGAAAAUAAUGAGAAGGCACAGUAUGACCACUCUCCUAGUGGGCUACCUGCUGGCUGGAUCAAGGAAACUAGGUUCAGAAAGAAUGGUAGAACAGACUCGUACUACAUUGAUCCUACUCAUGGAUAUGGGCUUCGCUCCAAAAAGGAUGUUUCCCGAUAUCUUGAAAAUAAAGAUGUAUGUCGGAUUGCAUUUAGACGAAAGAGGACGCAUACACCGGAUGAGUUAACCUUGAAGGAAGAGUUUCUUCCUUUAAGUCAACUCAAAAAGUCCAAAAUGAAACGAAGUGUAGUAAGGAGACGGCUUUUUGCAAGAGACAGACCAAUAUCUAAUGCAACCAUGGACAUCAAUUUUGCAAACUCGCCACAAAAAUCAGCUUCGUCGUGUUUGAGCGAUUCUUCAGCACAAUAUAUUGGUGAGUCAGAAAUAGGUUGCUCAGCUCUAGCAAAUGUUGAACCCAUAAAUCAAAUGGUUACUCCAUUUCAAAUUGAGUGGCAGCCAAAUCCAGCAUUUAGUGAAGAAGAAAUUCAAGCACACCCAACAAUCAAAAUGUUACCAGGCCCUGAAAGUGAGAACCUAUCAUUGAUGCAGCAGGAAGGUGAAACACUAGCAAUUCCAGAUGCUAAUCCAUCUGAGGAGAAGCAAUUUGAGCUAAUAAAUAAGCAGAGGUGUGCACAUGGAGAAGAAAUUCAAGAAUUGUCAGCAAUCAAAUUUCCUCAAGGGUCUGACAAUGAGAAGCUACGAGAGCCAUUAAUCCAGCUGGAAGGAGAAAGACUGAUUCUAGAUGCCAAUUUGUCAGAAGAAGAGCAAUUUGAUUUUUCCGAGAGCCUAAGCCAAGUUAAGAGGCGUAUCCAACCCAAUAGGUGUGGUAUUGGAGAAGAGAAGCGGAUUCAACUUAAGAGUUGUUGCAUCGGUGAACAACUUCAAGGAGAAUCAGCAGUCAAACUUCUACAAGGGCCUCAAGAUGAUAAGCUAUCAAAGCCACUGAUGCCAUUGGGAGAAGAAAAUCUGUUGGUUCCAGAUGCUAAUUUGUUAGAAGAUGAGCAACUUGAGAUUCUCCAAAACCCCCAGAGUGGGAAGCCAUUAGAGCCAUUGACAGAUGCUAGUCACUCAGAAGAAAAGCAAAUUGAAAUGACCGAGACGCUAAGCCAACUUAAGAGGCGACGCCCACGUGGCUCAAAAAAUACUGAAGCUGCUAAAUCAAUCACUAAUCAACCAAGACUGAGGAAAAGAAAAGCGGAAAAAACAGACACUGUACCUGUCCGGACUUCAAAGCGCCUGGCAGGUAGUACAGCUGUCCCUAUCUCCAACUCGGGGAUUGGAAACCAAUCCAGGAGGAUAGACAAUAAGAAAACCGAGCAAGCCCAACUAACUGUGUCGGUGCACUCUGAUGCAAAUUGUGACUUGUCUAUGACUGAUGAACUUCAAGAAAAGCUCCAAAACCUAAAUCCUUUUGUGGAAUCAGAUUCCCAGCAAGAGAAAGCUGAUAAGCUGCGAAGAAGCGUUCCCAAGGACUCGGAUGCAAGUUGCCGUAGGCAUCAGAAAGAUACGCCUAUAACUAAUAAUCUUCUAGAAAAACUGGAGAAGUUGAUGCCUCCUGUAGGAAAUGCUCCUCAGAAUCAGAAAGCCAAUGUGCUCCAACCAACUGUACCAAAGGACUCAGAUGCAAAUUGUUUAUCACCUGAGAAAGACACACCUGAAACUGAUGAAAUUCGAGAAAAACUCAGAAGGUUGGAGCCUUUUGCAGAAAAAGAGGAUCAGACUGUUGCAGCUCUACCCUUCAGAGAUUCUUGGUUUGAUCCAUGCAUUGAGUUUGCUUUCAAGACUCUGACUAGUGAUUUUCCGGUUUUUGAGGACAUUACUCCUAUUCAAGUCUAUCUCAAUCCUCAGCUCAAGUCAUCUCAGAUUCCGAACUUAAAUGCUGGAUCGAUUCCAUUUGCGGUUAACGGUCACUCAUCAGGAAAUGGGAAGGUGAGCAGAGAUCGUCAGGAGGAUAUUGAAGGAAAACUAUGUAACUAAGACUUACUGCGUAGCGUUUCACGAUACAUGCCGAUGUAAGAACUGAUGUAGCUUAAAUACUUACAAAACCGGUAUCUAUGUUUUGUCUUGGUGAA